CUUCCUUCUCCAGGUUGUCCUUGCUCGACUUUUAAUUCACUAAAGUUUAGUGAUCAGUUUUGUGUAUACAGUAGAAUAAUAACUUGAAAAUAUUCUCUGCAGAAGUGCUCGGUACUAAUCGUGUUUUUUUUAAAAAAAAAAAUCGAAGUUCAUGUUGGCUGGUGUAAUUUGUAAUUUUAUUUAUUACGAUAAUCUGUUAAUUACCCUCGCUUAUCAGGUCAAGAAAGGUUAAAGGUGCUAUCCAACACAAUAUAUUCCGAGCAAUACCAGUACGUCAGCACUUGCAAGAUGUUUUUGAAUGUUGACGAUUUCAAGGCGUCGCCCCGAUUUCUGGAAGUCCAGGAACGGAUGCAAAUGUUUGUUUUCCGUGGUCGAGAUGCUGAUAACCUGAACACAAACAGUCUAUCCUUCAAGCUGAAUUCGUCGGUAGAAGUUACCAACAUAUUAGGGUAUGCACUAAACAAAAAAAUUGUUGUCGACGAUGCCAUGUUGAGUGAAAUUUUUUGGACCAAUGAUUUGAGCAUCAUCGAGGAGAAGGACAGAUUGCAGUUGGAAAAAGUUGUCAAACAGAUGGGCAGCUUUCAGUUUGACUUGAUGCCACUGGUUCUGGUCAGGGGUGAGACGUUGAUGGAAACUCUGCUGAUAAAAGUGGUUGAACGGAACGGGGUCAAAUAUGUUGAUAUUAGUGGAAGAGUCUACAAAGAUUUCCGUGAUUUUUUGGCUAACAAUAAGUUUCCGGCGGGAGUUCUCUGUUAUCUCAGAGAUGGCAUCGUGACGGUCAAUGCGGCUGGGGAAAUGGAAAUUGAGUGCCGUACGGUUGGGAUAAAGAAUACAGUGUUGAACGUAACGGAGGUCUUGGUGGGUGCUGUCGGAGCUGUUGGUACGAUCGGAGCAAUAUUUGCCACCGGUAGACUAGCAAUACCUAUGCUAGUCAUGUCGUAUGGGUCUGCAGCCUACGUCACGGGUCGAAGUAUCGAAAAGCUGGUAGAUGCUUCAAAGCAUGGUCAAUCGUUGAAUCCUCUACAGGAUGCUGAAGCACGCAAGAACUGGCUGAUGAUAUCAGCCAAUCUGCUUGCGUUUACGUCCGCUGGCAUUCGCAAAAUGGCAACUAUGGAAGGAUUGGCAGCAAAACAUGUAACUUGUCUAUUCAUGGCCAACCGAAUUGUCCAAGUAGGUGGUGCUUUGGUCGGUACCGCCGCAAUAGUGGACUCCAUCGUGUACUCGGUCAACAAUUGGAAGAGUUUACCCCUUCAUGAACAGAUUAUGCUUGUGUGUUCGAUCUGCUUCUGCUGUCGCGAGGUGAUCAGUUUCGCCAAUGCUGAACGAUUAAUGCGGGCGAGCAAAACCGAAGGAGUGAGCAAUUUCUUUGCACAAUACUGCGAAUCAGGCUGCCAAAUGGUUUCCAAUAGUAGAUUUAUGCUGAGUGCCAGAAAAAAGUUCCAAGAGAAUGAUGCAUACCUGGAAGCGGCGUUGAAACUGGUUAAAACUUUAAUUCUGGAGAACAUAAGCAUAACGGUGAAUCAGGAUUUUACAAAAAUUAAGUUCUUUGGAUUUGAAUAUGAAAUGUCAACUUUGUUGCGCAUUAAGGAGGUGGACCAUUUUAUGUAUACGAUACAAGGAAUAGCCCAGUCAUUCAAGGAUACGUUUUCCUUGCUGAGGACAUGGUUCGGGGAUGAAAAUGUGAUGGAUAUUUCAUUUAAGCGAGCACAAGACUUGGGCGGCAAUCGUGCCGAUUUUGGCACAGCUAUAAAUGAGAUACUUCAGGUGUUUUCUCUAAUUUCAAAAAUAUCGAAAGAUGUAGCAGUUCUGACCCAGGCUAGCAUUAUUGUUGGUGCCGGUCAUAAGUUCACUGUGGCAUCUGCCUUUGACAUCCUUAUAAAAACGGCUAAAGAGAAAGCCGAAAUAUUGAUCAAGGCUCUAGUGCAGAUGAAUUCUACUGAAGCUGACCAAAUGAACCAAAUUCGCUCGCAGUUUUCGGACACUACAAUUUUCAACUGGAUAAGUACUGGCUCCAAUGUAUCUGAUGAUAUGCUCGCAAAAAUAAGAUUUCUUCUUGACGUUGAAAAAAAUUGUACCAACAAAUCAUUGCAUAUUACAGCACUAGAUCGCAAUGAGGGGACAAUCGAGAUUGAAUAUUUGAUCAAAAUUGAUUUACAGCUAUUCAACAAUGCAACCCAUCGUUCCUUUGUCGUUGACCCUAUAUUUCUCAACAUUUGCAAGCCAGCUUUGCGCAGCUCCCGAUCAUAUCUAGUGAAACUCUGGCAAAACACGUGCACUGCUCCAAUUUCACUUGAUAACCAUUUCGAAAAAUUGAUCACGCUUGAAAACGCCUUCAAACUUUAUCCAGGCUCGGUGAAAAACGUGGUUAAUUACACGAAAACCAUGAAAUGCGUCAACUUGCCACAGUUCAUAUACCACGCACUUUUUGCGUUGAGCAACUUGGAACGAUCGUUGUCCGAAGAUGGUAUGGAUCAGGCCGCCGCCAAUAGUGCUCUUUUUGAUGACUCCAACCUCUUGCCCGAUCGUUUUCUCCGACUUCAGGCGAAGGCCGAAGAACUAUGCUACGGUGGUUACUGCACAGUGGGCGACAACCAGCUAACUGAACCCGAUCGAAUUCUGGAAGUUGUUAAAACUUUGGCCGCGGAGCAAGCCCUACGGUUUGGAACAAUUGAAAACGCGGUGCUACAUUUAUAUCGCAACCCUAUGCUUCGGCGUGCCACGGAACUCGAGAAGUUUAAUCGAAUUAUCGCUAUAAAAAAAUUUCAGCAGGAAGAGGUUAAACUAGCCGAUGGUUGUAACGACAGACGUAAAUGGAUGGUUUAUCUCGGAAACGAGCAGGUGAAAAUCUUUGUAUGCGUUAGCCCUGACCAAGGUGCUUAUAUAGACUCUUUUUUGUUCUCCUGCGAAAAUCGACUUGCUGAUGUGAUUGACACAUUCAUCAUUGCACAUUCUUUUAUUUUUUUUACUUUAUUGGAAAGCGUAUCGUGGCCAAAAUUUUUAGAUACUUUUUUGAUGUUUUUAUAUGAACCAUUGUCACAGACUAAUUUUCAGCUUUCCAUCUUUUACACAUUAGUACUAAUGGUACUAAUAUCAAUUUAAACUGACACGAAGCGUGUAGUAAAAUAAACAUGUUAUUGUGAGGAGAUUUAUAGCAUAUUGUUUUAACAUACAUUGACAUCAAUAUUUUUGCUACGUUCUUACGAAUAAUAACAAAACUAGCGAGUAAAGUUACUUAGCAAUUCAACCAUUGCGUUCCACAGCGUUGCACUUUAAAGUUGCUGAAAAGAAGACUAUACACUGUGUGGCCUUCAUUUUGGACCUUUUAACUUUUUAGUGAAGUAAAUAAAUUAAUUUCCAAACAAUGAAUUGUGUAGUCUGGCAAUAGAAUUAAGAUAUAUCAUUAUUGCAAUAUUAAAUGAAAUAUCUACUCAAACUCAAUAUCACGAUAUCCACCAGUGCCUUAAAAAAGGACUCAUUUUGCAUACGAUACGCACUGCGUAUCGUGCACUAAUAAAGUAAAAAACAAACAAA